CACACCGAGCCGCGGCGCGCACGGCAGCUGUCCCGCCUGCCACAAUGCGCGGCGAAGCUGCGGCCGCGACUUGGCGCGGUGGUCCCUAACGUUGCCGCUCGGCAUCCUUAGAACCGGCCGCUCCUGACGCCGCGCGGGGACCCCAGUCUCCCGCGCCCCCCAUGCGCUCACUCUUCGGUGCCCGGCCGGGCCGGCGCCUCGCAGACGCGGAGCCGCGCGGGUGACGGCACAGGCGGCUGCGCGCCCAGCCCAGCCCAGCCCAGCCCAGCCCGAGGAGAGGGCGCGCCGCGCCCCCGCCCCCCGCCCGCUCUCCCGAGGCCGUGGGUGCGGAUGCGCGGCUGACGCCUCGCAGCAAGAGCACCGCCGCCGGCCCCAGCCCGCAGCAUGGCAGCCGCCGCCUAUGUAGACCACUUCGCCGCCGAGUGCCUCGUGUCCAUGUCGAGCCGCGCGGUCGUGCACGGGCCGCGGGAGGGGCCGGAGUCCCGGCCCGAGGGCGCGGCCGUGGCCGCCACCCCCACGCUGCCCCGCGUCGAGGAGCGCCGCGACGGUAAGGACAGCGCCUCGCUCUUCGUGGUGGCGCGGAUCCUAGCGGACCUCAACCAGCAAGCGCCGGCGCCCGCCCCGGCGGAGCGCAGGGAGGGCGCCGCGGCCCGGAAGGCGAGGACCCCCUGCCGCCUGCCGCCGCCCGCCCCCGAACCCGCCUCCCCCGGCGCCGAAGGCGCGGCGGCCGCGCCCCCCAGCCCGGCGUGGAGCGAGCCGGAGCCCGAGGCGGGGCUGGAGCCCGAGCGGGAGCAGGGGCCCGCGGGGAGCGGCGAGCCCGGCCUCAGACAAAGGGGCCGGCGGGGCCGAAGUCGCGCCGACCUCGAGUCCCCGCAGAGGAAGCACAAAUGCCACUACGCGGGCUGCGAGAAAGUUUACGGGAAAUCCUCGCACCUCAAGGCGCACCUGAGAACUCACACAGGUGAGAGGCCCUUCGCCUGCAGCUGGCAGGACUGCAACAAGAAGUUCGCGCGUUCCGACGAGCUGGCGCGGCACUACCGCACGCACACGGGCGAGAAGAAGUUCAGCUGCCCCAUCUGCGAGAAGCGCUUCAUGCGCAGCGACCAUCUGACCAAGCACGCGCGCCGCCACGCCAACUUCCACCCGGGAAUGCUGCAGCGGCGCGGCGGGGGCUCGCGGACCGGCUCCCUCAGCGACUACAGCCGCUCCGACGCCAGCAGCCCCACCAUCAGCCCGGCCAGCUCGCCCUGAGCCCGCCACAGCCAUGAGCAGCCGCUCCCACCCCCUCGUGAGUCCCUGGCCUUUCCUUUUGUAAUAAGAAAGAAGAGAGAGAACUUGAUGCGAAGUCCACGAAAAAACAAUUUUUUUCACCUCAGGUGUCAAAGUAAAUUUGUUUAAAAAAAAAAAAAAAAAACACAAAAAUUUCAAAAAACACCACCCACCAAUUGCACAAUAGAUACACCCACAAAGUUGAGAUUCAGCGUUGUUGAACCCCCUUUCUCAGGGAUGGACACGUUCCACGAGGUCAGUGAGGACACCCCUUCCUGCCGCCUUACUCUGUACAUAGAUUUGCACUCUGGAGUUUUCUGUUAGAUUCGGGAACACGCUGGGGACAGAGCAGGCCAGCCAGUCUGGUGGAGCUCAGCGUCUGGCUGGCUGGCCAGCCUGUGGGUCUGUUGGGAGCAGAUGUGGUCACUGACGUUUGUGCCUCCAGGGCAGAUUCCUAAGCAGCUGGCCUGACCUCUUCCUGCCCCGCCCCCCGCCCCCCCCCCAACCCAGUCUCUGGCCUCUGCCCAACGAGCCUGGCUGGGCUUGCAACGCAGCUGAUUCUGAGACAGGCCCCUGCAGAGGGAUGCCUUAAAGCUGUCCCUGGCUGGAGGAGCACUCCACUUUGGGGACAGUGGAGGGGGCCUUCAGCCCUCUGCACUCUGCCUGCCUCACACCCCGCCUCCAGGAGCCCUCUCCUACGGCGCUAGGGAGCACUGGAAGCAGAGAUGCCAGCCCUGGCUGAGCGUAGCACUGCACCAUCCGACCUCUGAGGCAGGGGCUGGGGUCACACCUGCCAGGACUCCGCUUCUCCGUGUCCCUGCAGAAGGCACGCAGGACCCUGUCACUAUUAUACCUGGGCCUCUGAUGGGGGGAAUUCUGGCCUUCUAAAAAGAUGUUAGAAAUUCCUGGUGGCACAUCCAGUUCCGGAGUUUGCCCGCAUGGGCACCUUUGUUGGAAACAGUGGGCAGGUCAUGGGGCCUCCUCAUCAGAGGGUCUGUGUGAGCGGCUGUGCGUGUGGCAGCACACCAUGCUUCACAGAGACCAUUCUGUAGCAAGAGACCGGAACAUUGUGACUUGGACCUUUUCAGGAGUGGCGCGGAUGUUACAGGAAAUGCUGUCGGAGAGCGCGCAUUCUGUUUCCUCCCCAGGGAAUGCCAGAUGGAAAGUUGUGGGCAACACUUUUCUCAGACCCACCAUGUCCCCAACUCAGACUUAGCAAACCUCCAGCCUCUCCGUUUCCCCCUGUACUCCUCCUCCCUUUUCCUCCUGCUUCUCCUUGUCCUGCCUGGAGGCUCCAGGCCACACCCAGCUGGUGGGGCUGCUCCAGUGCCCCAUCACCAGCAGGAGAGGAGGAGCAGAGAGCUGGGUCCUGGGUUGGGAUUCGAGCCCUGGGCAGGGGUCAGUCAAGCCGUGGUCCAGCAAACUCCUCUGCAGAUGGCUGGAGUGUCGACCCCAGGCUUGUGGCCCAGGUAUCACCUUCCCUUCCUCCUGAGAGUUGGGGCCUGUAAAUACAAGGGCCCAGGACAGAGUGUAUGUGUGCGUGUGGUUGUGUGCGCGCGUGAGCACACACAUGUGUGUGUUGGGGGGGGUGGGGGGAUUGGGGUGGACUCAGGGUAUCUUGCCAGAGAUACCUGUUUUGAUGAGUACCUAUUUUGAUGCAAAGGAACGGCCCUGGGACCUCAGAGGGCCACAGAUGGGCUUCCUGGGCCUAGCGUGCCUUGGUUGUGGCCAUCCUGCUUCUACUCAGCCCUGCCAUGGUAUGGGGUGCAGCACAAACCCGGGACCCAGGCCUAGCCACCGCCCACAGCUGCUGGCCACUGUUUUGGCUGGCUCCAGAGUGGACAGGUACGCUCUGUCCACAGCAGCUGCUCAGGCACAGUAUGCCAUCAGGUGCCCGCUUCUUACCACUGUGUGUCAGCUGGGAUUGGCCGACAGCGUGGUGGUGUCUUCUAGGUAGACCGAUGGGCCCUAAAUUGGGCAGUAGCAUUGUUUCUGCUGUGGUGGGAACUGGCAGGGAGAGGGUCACCCCCACUCUGGUUGGAUGCAGAGCUGGUCCCUCUGGCUGCCAUGCUGUGUUGGGGCUCCCUGACCUCCCUGCUUGCAUCGGGUCUGGGAGAGAGAGUGGAAUAUUUGGUAGGGACCUUGACAGAAGAGAGCCCUGGGUGCUUGUGGUGCAAAGAUCUUCAUGCCCAGUUCCAAAGUGAGGUCCCUCCCAAAGUUGUUUUCGUGUGAGGCAGAGAAAGCCACACUCUGAAUACAUUUUAUGUCUCAGGAAUUCACAUUCCAGGUUCAGGAAUUUUAUUCCAAAGUCCUUUGGUGCACUCACCGUCCACCGUUCCCCAAGGCAGGGAGAGGGAGCGGCCCGUCCCUGUGAGGCUGGCAAAGUGCUCUCCAGGGAGGGGUCAGACGUCCUUGUGAUCUGCCCAGGGUGUCAUGGAAGGAGAUUUUCUAGCUCCACAUCUGUCUGCACAUAGGAAGGAAAAGAUAGGACUCUAAACCUAGUCAUCUUGGAAUAAAAAGAAGAGCUGGUUUGUUUUAGAGCAGGGCGGGGGGUGGGGGAGGGAAGCGGGUGUUGGCUGUUUCCAAAGAGAGCACUUAAUUUAAUUUUUCCUUUAAAUGACCCAGGGCUGUUCCGUCUGAUAGAUGGAAGGGUAACAUUGCCUUAAAACAGAAAUAUGCAGGCGUUGGCUAUUUUUGGCAUAAGAGUGUGUCUUCAUUCCCAAAGUGGUUCUCAUUUAAUGGCAGGGUGUGGUCCUUAGGCUCCGGCCUGGACUGGGAAAUGGGGGUAGGGCACCAGGAGAGAAAUCCUCCUGGGUACUCCUGGCCAGACCCUCCUGAAUCAUCUGGGGCUUAAACUCAUCUUGCUUGAAGGGCGGGGAGAAACCCAUGAAUCUCAGGCACGGUUCACAGGGGUCCUCAAGGGCAGAUUUCCAUCUCAUCAUGAAGUGAGGGACUCCUGUGGAAGAGGGUGGUGGGCCUUGGAACGCUGCCUCCACUGAAGCGGGCACACAAGGCGGACCCUCCUGCAACAGCCUUCAUUUUCUUCAAACAUGCAGAAUGUUUUCCCAGACUGCGUCUAUUUCAGGGUCUUCCAUUUUUGUGGUUUAUGGCCAUGCUUGCCAGUUUUGGUGGGGUUGAGGAACCCAUAGGACUCAUAGAAAUAAUAAGGAAAACUCAAACCCUUAUUUUGGGACUUCAGUUCUAGUGGUCCAUAGGGGCAGAGAUCUCAAAGUGAAGGUUGCCUGAGUGAAGGGAGAGUUCCCCUAUAAAAGGCCUAAAAUUGAUUUCGGGCUCAGCCAUCAAGGGGCUGGUGUUGCUCCUGUCCCAGACAAGGAAGCCCCUGUUUACAUCAGCCAUAUUAGGGGAACGGUUGUCAGCUCCCCAAAUGCCUACUGGAUCCUACAGCCAUACAGGAAAAGAGACGGACACAGCCCUUUCCUCAAAGAGCCCUGGGGUCUUGUCCUGCAGGAUGCUGCAUGGGAACGGGCAGAGAUGUCCUGGAUGGGAACAUAGUCCUGGAGGUGCCCUACCUGCAUCCUGCUGCACCCCCACCCACGACACUCGAGUGCAAGAUUGCCUCACUCCUAACCCUGACUUUAUUCCCAGGCCCCACACCGAGGCAGGUGCAGGAUUCGCCACGGUGCAGCCUCCAGGUACAAACAUCUGAGGCACUGGUGAUCCCAGUCCUUGCGGCACCCUGAACACAGCUCAGACCAGUGAGGGGUGAUUCAGAGGUGGGGAUGGGCAGAGAGGGCUGGCCACUCUGCGUCAGGACUUGACCUUAAGUCUUCUGUCUCCCCACCCGGUGUGUCCAGAAGACCAGCCUCUUUCUUGCCAGAAGCAGGUGCUAAGAUGGACUGCACAGGGUCCUGGCGCUCCCUCGGGACCCAUUCAGGAUCUCAGCCGGGCAGGGGUGCCACCCAACAGGAAGAUGUGAUCUGAGCAAUAGUGUGGCCUUGUUGCUCCGCUUCUGGUUGUGGCUGUGUUUACAGGGCUACCUGACUAUUUUGACUUCUGACAGGUGUCACUGAUUUUCUUUCCCUCAUUUAAAAAAGGUCAUUUAGUCAAAGACACAGUGCUAGAAGGUUUAAAGAGUGUAAUGUGUUGGUCACAUCACAACCAGUAAGAAACGCUUGGUAGGUUAUCCACAUCUUUUGCUGACUGUUACCAUAUACAAUUCUGGUCACCAUAUUUUCCAAAGCUAAAAUCUGAGGCGUGGGCUGAUGGUUUUUGAAAUCAGGAUUACCCCAGGAAGAACCAGGUCCUAUUAGUCAUUUUCCUGAUUCUGAGGCUUUGAAGGCUUGUCUGAGACACAUUCCAGAGACCUUUGUACCAGAACUUGGAUGCACAGUCCACCUUACUACUGAUACAUGCCUGAGCACCCUUUAGGAUGAGGCACCGCCUCCUGCCUGCUGUCCUGUCCCUCAGCAUCAGAGGAGUUGAAUUCGGCAGGAGAUGGGAGCCCGGUGUCCAUGAGGGAAGAGGGGUCGCGCUUGGUUUCUACUGACCCCCAUGAAGAUUUCAGACUUGCAGUGCCGGACACCUGGCCCUGCCCUGCCUCUCUUCUUUCUCAUACAGCUUUAAAACUUUACUACUUUUAUUUAAAAAUGAACUGGAUGGGAGAGAAGUAGCGUCCCCUACCCUACAAGUCACACAUUCCGGGGAGGGGGGUGGGGGGUGGAGGCAGGAAGUCAUGGGGGUGGGGGUGGGAGCGCGGGAACAGCUUCUUAAGGCCUCAGGGUCCUGUUUUCUCUGGCCUCUUCUAGAGGGCCCAUGGACAGGCCGCAGUGCGUGCUUAUUUGGAAACCAGGUGUGAGCCGAAUGCCUGCGAGGCCAUGCACUCAGCAGAGGAGCCCUUGUACCUGGCCGCCCUGAGAGGAGCAAGGGGCCACCUCCCAUGUGGCUCCAGACACCACGUGGGCUCAUUAGCCCCAGCGUUUGUACCGGCUCCAGGUGCCUGCCUCUGGGUGUGUGAGUGGGAGACUUUGCUCCCUGGCCUCAUCCUAGAGAGGCCCCUGGUGCCUAGUGCUGGGGUCUCUGGCGCUGGUCAGCCUCAGCAGAAAGGAGGCACUACUGAGCAACUAUGCAUUGUCAUUGUCGGGUUUGGGGCUUGCGGUGGUUCCUUGGUGACUGGGAAUUGCUUGUGUGCAUGUGUUGGGUGCAUGCUUCCGGGUCUCAGCUGCCCCAGGCCCACACAGGCAACCCAUUCCCAUCCAAAGCCAUUGGUGGAGCUUCUCUGGAAUCAUUUGCCAAAAGCCCAAGGCAGAAUCCAAGGGUCCAAGACCAUUUCCAUGGAGCUCAUGUUUUUCUUUUCUGUAGGAACUUUUUUUUAACCAGCACCCACCAUAAUUCCGAAGGCCAUGUUUCAUCUUUCCUGGAUCACUACAGUGAAGUAUUACAGUUGUACAGUUCCCAGUCUGGCCUUGGCUUGCUCGGAUAAAACUUUGUAUGUAUUUUGUAUGGCAUAGAUUCUAUAUUGUAAUGAUGUCCUAUGCAAAAAGAAAAAUUAACGAAAUUGUAAAUUUUAUUGUUUUAACGUGUAUGCAUGUUUAGUGACGUUUACAUUUUGAAAUAAAAUUUAUGAUUCAUUAUUUUA